UUGGACAAAAGAUCCAUCUGAUCACACACAUGAGAAUUCACACAGGACAGAAACCAUUUAGCUGUUGUGAGUGUAGUAAAAGAUUUGGACAUAAGAGCAGUCUGAUAAAACACUUGCGAAUUCAUACAGGACAGAAACCAUUUAGCUGUUCUGAGUGUGGUAAAAGAUUUCGAGAUAAGAACAGUCUGAGCAGACAUAUGAGAAUUCAUACAGGACAGAAACCAUUUACUUGUUCUGAGUGUGGUAAAACAUUUGCAAAUAAGAGCAAUCUGAUAACUCACAUGAGAAUUCACACAGGACAGAAACCGUUUAGCUGUUCCGAGUGUGGUAAAAGAUUUGGUGAUAAGAAUAACCUGAUCAGACACAUGCGAGUUCAUACAGGCCAGAAACCAUAUGCAUGUUCUGAGUGUGGUAAAAGAUUUGCAGAUAAGAGUAGUCUGAUCAAACACACGAGAAUUCACACAGGACAGAAACCAUUUAGCUGUUCUGAGUGUGAUAAAAGAUUUGGACAUACGAGCAAUCUAAUUAAACACAUGACAGUUCAUACAGGACAGAAACCAUUUCACUGUUCUGAGUGUAGUAAAAGGUUUGGACAUACGAGCAGUCUAAUAAAACACUUGAGAAUUCAUACAGGAGAAAAACCAUUUGGCUGUUCUGAAUGUGGCCAGAAAUUUCAACAAAAGAGUGAUCUGAACAGACACAUGAGAAUUCAUAUGCCAAUUCUGUCAUACAGCUUUUGAGAGUAAACCAUCUAAUAUCAGCCUGUCAGACCUCCUGGCAGGUGGACAUUAUACAUCCCAACAAAAUAAGAUCUGUAAAUAUCUCCACUGGAAAGUAUGCAAGGAAGCUGAGGUGGAAGUACAUCUGGGAGCAUGAGCCGGCACCAGUCUCAUCCAGUGAAAAUCUAACUCUCUUCUCUGACAAAGAGAUCCCAACAGGAGGACAUAUCGAAGGAGGUACAAUAAAUCCUGAUAUUGUCACCUGGAACAAGCAACAGAAAACAGCCAAAGUUAUUGAUGCAAGUUCCCAGUGACUAUGGCCCUAGUUGGGCAAAAAGGGGGGUAGGAAUCAGAAAAUACCAAGACCUUAAAAUGACCUACAAACAACAUGGUUAUUG